UCAUGGCGGCCAACGUAGCGUUAGCGUUGUGUUGAAGUCCGCAUCGUUCAGUUGUUUACAUUUACGAAUAACCUGCGAAAUAUAAUAAAAAGUAGCCAUGGGAUCGUCCAAGAAACACAAGGACAAGGAUCGCGAUGGAAAGACGAAGGAAAAGAGCAAGGACAAGAAAAAGUCGCGUCGUUCGCGCUCCAAGUCCAGGGAGCGAGACGGGACCAAGGAAAAACAUCGCCACCGCGACCGCAAACGCACUCGCACCGCCGUUCAAGACGAAGGACAACCCGCGGAAAAGGUCCGGGUCAAAGAGGAGCGUGAAUUGUCUCCUCCCAGACCCAAGCAAGACCCAAGCGGGUCCGAAAGUGAUACUGGGUAUCAAGACAAAUCUUCCCUUAGCAUUGAGGAGACCAACAAGCUACGAGCGAAACUCGGGCUCAAGCCUCUACAAGUUGAUGGAGGAGGAAUUCCAGGUCUCGGAGAUGUACCCGUUGGUGAUGCCAACGAGGACGAAAGGAAGGAGGUCUUUGUCAAGACCGAGAACAUGCAAGCCAAAGUGGAGGCGCAGAAGCUGAGGGAGAAGAUCUCGUCGAAUCGGGAGAAAAGGAAAAUCGCUGAAAAGUACAGGGAGGUCAAGGGUCUUGGGGAGAGUGACGAGGACGACGACGCUUUGAGAUGGGUUCAGAAAAGCCGCAAGCUGCAAAGUGAAAAACAGAAGGCCGAGCAGAGAGCAAAGAUGUUGGAAGAGAUGGAUGCGGAGUUUGGUAUUGGAAAGAUUGUCGAGGAAGAAUUCAAGCCCACGAAGGAGUACACAGCCAAGCACCUAAAGGGACUUGAAGUGUUGCACAGCACUGAACGCUUCAAGGAAGGACAGUCUGUCAUUUUGACAUUAAAAGACCAAGGUGUUCUUGAUGAAGGGGAUGACGUGCUCGAAAAUGUGAAUUUGGUGGAAGCUGAAAAAGCGGAGCGAAACGUGGAAAACCGCAAGGGCAAGCCUGGCUAUCAGCCCUACGAUGACACUGAAGUUGAUGAGUUUGGAAUUGUAAAGAAGAAGUCUCUCUUGUACAAGUACGAUGAAGAGAUCGAAGGCGUAAAGCGAGAGAAGUUCAGCAUAGGUGCGGGUCCGACAGAGGCCGAUAAGGAAAGGGAGUUGGAGUUGGUACGAAUGAAGCUGAAACAAAAACAGAAGGACAGCCUCAUCAUGCCUGCACCUCAGAUUGCUACCGAGUACUACACACCCGACGAAAUGGCGACGUUCAAGAAGACUAAGAGAAAAGUGAGGAAAACGCGCAAACGUCAGACUUUCAAGGCAGAUGACCUUGUUCCACUACCUGGACACGGGGAUGACAAAAAAGACCAUGGAUCACGACGGCGUCGUGAGAACAACUUCACAGAGCCCGUCUUCGUGAAUCCCCAGAGCCAACAGUUCUUUGAUGACGCCGCAAAGCCACCUGAGGAGGAAGAUGUGCUCGGUCCUGAUGAGGACUUGACUGGAGUAGCAGUGGAAGAGGACGACACCGAGCAGACUCUGGAAGCUGCGUUAACGAAGGCAAGGCGCUUGCGCCUCGCCGAGGGAAGCUCUUUGCAAAAGAUAGCAGAGUCUGCAAGAUUAGCACGUGACCAAGAUGAUGUGGAAGACAAAGCAAGCUCGGCGAAAGCCAUUGUGCUAAACUCCACGGCCGAAUUCUGUCGAACUCUUGGUGACAUUCCCACGUACGGCAUGUCUGGAAAUCGUGAUGAGGAGGCCGAAGAGCUCCUGGACAUGGACAUAGACAAAGAAGAGGAAGAUGAAGAGGCGGGAGAUGCGUCGAAACGCGGUGCCUGGAAUGAAGUUGACAUUGAAGAGAAGCCUGUGGAAAUCAAGGAUCGUGAGAAAGAGCCUAUUUUGGAAGAGGAACCUGACCUCUCGAUUGGCAUCUCUGGUGCACUAAGACUUGCAGUGAAAAAGGGCUACAUCGAGACAGGGGAGAAGGUGGUCGUGGAGAGCAAGAAGCACAGUGAGCUGCACGCACAGUCGUUCACCAUUGAGGAGAAGUUCUAUGAUGAUGACAAAGCGAGCCGUAGAGAGCGUUACUGUGGCCCAGUGUCAGACUUCAAGGAAAAGGACUCGUACAAGCCUGAUGUGAAACUUGAGUACAUCGACGAUGGUGGACGGAUACUCAACGCCAAGGAGGCCUUCCGCUACCUUUCGCACAAGUUCCACGGCAAGGGCUCGGGAAAGAACAAGGUCGACAAGCGGGCAAAGAAACUUGACCAGGCCGCGAAAUUGAAGCAGAUGAGCUCGACUGACACCCCUCUGAGCACACUCAAGUUACUUCAAGAGAAACAGAAAGAACUGCAAAGUCCGUACAUCCUGCUUAGCGGAGGAUCAAAAGCACUGAACCAGAGCUCGCUGAUGAAGCCAAAAUAACAGGUUGGAUUGGUUUUAUUCCUUUUCAUUGUAAAUAAAGGACUGUAAGACAUCAGACGUGUUGGUGCUGUCGAAAUAAAAACUGUCACUUCGAUGUUUCCUUUAUAA